GGUUCCAUUUACGUCUCAUUCAACAUGCCUCAGGGAAGCCUUGAAGUUUUUCUGGUUAAUGCCAAGGGUCUUGAGAACACUGAUUAUCUUUGUAACAUGGACCCUUAUGUGAUCCUCAUAUGUCGCACACAGGAGCAAAAAAGCAGCGUUGCAUCAGGUCAAGGAAGUUCUCCAGAAUGGAACGAGAAUUUUGUGUUCAACGUGUCUGAAGGUUUUUCCAAUCUCAUAUUGAAGAUCAUGGACAGUGAUUCCACCACGGCUCAUGAUUUUGUUGGAGAAGCUAAGAUUCCACUAGAUCCAUUGUUUAGUGAAGGAAACAUCCCACCUACGUCAUACAAUGUUGUCAAGGAUGACAAAUAUUGUGGGGAAAUUAAAGUUGGCCUCACUUUUAAACGUCAGGAUCGCAGUGAACGCAGUUUAGAGGAAAAUUUUGGGGGAUGGAAGGAGUCUGGUUAUAAAAUUUGAUUGUCUUUGUUUAUAGCAUUUCGGAGUCUUGAGUAUUACUACUGUAUCAGUCACUAUCUUCAUAUUAAUUCAAGAGAAUUUUCACUUUUAUAGUC